AUGAGCGACUACGAUCGAAAGGAACCCUUCGACGAGAAGGCCUCGACCUCUGAGGUUGACCUCGUAGUUGCUGACCCUGAUGCUGGGUUGAGCGAGGCUGAGAAGCAGGAAGCUGAGAAGAAGCUACUCCGAAAGAUUGAUAUGCAGCUUGUGCCUUGGCUCUGCCUUCUUUACCUCAUCUGCUUCCUCGACCGAACCAACAUCGGCAAUGCCAAAAUCGCUGGUCUCCUCGAUGAUGUGCACAUGAACACUUCGCAGUUCAAUGCGACUUUGACCAUUUUCUACAUCUCGUACGCCAUCUUCGAACCGCUGGCCAAUGUUCUUUUGAAGUGGUCCAAGCCUUCAAUCUUUAUCCCUGCCAUCAUGGUUCUCUGGGGAGCAGCCAUGUUGGGUAUGGGUUUCGUCAAGAACUGGGAUGGUCUUAUGGCUGCUCGCUGGUUUCUUGGUGUCACAGAAGCCGGACUCUUUCCCGGAAUCAACUACUACCUAUCCUGCUGGUAUAAGCGAUCCGAAUUCGGUGCCCGCGCGGCUUGGUUCUUCUCAGCUGCUGCUCUUGCUGGAUCUUUCGGCGGUCUGCUGGCUGCUGCUAUCCAGAAAAUGGAUGGUGUUUCUGGAAUUGCUGGUUGGGCUUGGAUCUUUAUCAUCGAAGGACUUCUUACGAUCAUUAUUGGUAUCGUCUCGUUCUGGAUGGUUCACGACUUUCCCACAGAAGCCAAGUUUCUCGACGAAAAGGAGCGAGCUCGUGUUAUUUACCGACUCGCUGCUGAUAAGCAGUCUUCGGCUAAAGACGAAAAGUUCAAGAUGAAGUAUUUCUGGCAAUCCAUUACCGACUGGAAGACCUAUGUGGGUAUGCUUAUCUAUAUGGGACCCCUGAUGCCCCUGUACUCCUUCAGUGUCUUCCUACCGACCAUUAUCCAAAACAUGGCCUUUACCGACAAGAAGGCAGUCGUCAAGAAUCAGCUUCUCAGUGUACCACCCUAUGCCUUGGCAGCUGUCGCCACUAUUUGUGUCGGUAUCUACUCGGACAGGAUUAACAAGCGAGGCAUCUUCAACUUGAUUGCGGCUCCCAUAGGAAUGGCAGGCUUCAUCAUGCUCAUCGCCUCUACAAACCCUGCUGUGCAAUACACUGGAUGCUUCUUGGGUGCUCUCGGUAUCUACCCUGUCAUCCCCAUUACCAUCAGCUGGGUCGCCAACAACGUUGAGGGUGUGUACAAGCGAGGUAUCACUCUCGGCUUUGUCAUAGGUUGGGGCAACCUCAACGGUGUUGUGAGCAGCAACGUCUUUUUCAACAGUCCUCGUUUCUACGAGGGUCAUGGCACAGUUCUGGGAUACAUGUUUGGGGCCAUUUUCUGUGGCAGUCUCCUGAUGUAUGCCAUGCUUGCCCUUGAGAACAAGAAACGGUUGGCGGGUGAACGGGAUCACCUCCUGGAGGGCAAGUCUGCCGAGGAGAUCCACGAGAUGGGCGAUAAGCGACCCGAUUUCAUUUACACACUGUAA